AUGACUACAACAGACUCUCGGACCCACCAAGCUAUAAUACAUCAAUCACAGCUGACCGAUGAUCAGGAACAGUUGGCCGCACAAAUAGCUAUGGAGGCCAUGCAAAUGUCCGCCUCCGAAAGUGCUGUCGCCAAACAAAUUAAACAGGAAUUUGACAAACGCUAUAAUCGCUCAUGGAACUGUAUCGUUGGACAACAUUUUGCUAGGUACGAUGAGUGCUGGAAUUAUGAUAUUGUGCAUUUACUGAUUUCCUUUUCUGCAUUUGUGAAUUCCUACCUUUGA